UUAAAAUGAAAAAAAAAAGUCAUUUUUGGGGUAAAAAUAGUUUUUUUUCCCCACCAAAUUGCCACAGUUACAAAGUCACAUAUAAGUUACAAAUGGAGUGAAUCUGAAAGUAACAUCUUGCCCUACAUACAUGACGAGAUGGAAUGAUACGAUGAAAUGUGGCCCCCAUGUUUUCAUUCACAGGUAAGAAUAAGGGCAGGAGGAAGAAACGUGUGACUAACAGAACACACAUAUCAAGAUCGGCAUAGUGUUUUAUUCUUUGAAGAGUGAAAACACCUGGACUCCUUGCCUUCUAAUGAUGAACAUGUCACAUUGUCUUUUUUCCCUCUUUUUGUGCACAUUGUGGGUCAACGCAAUGUGGAGCGCUCCUGUAGGUGAUGAUGCCCAUGUUAAAUCUGUGGACCUGAACAGAGAAAAAUCAACCACACAGGCACAAGGCAGCACACCAACUCACCUGCCUUCCACAAUGAGGACGACACAGAUGGCUAACUCUGAACAUGGCAGCAAUGACACUGUGGUCAUCUUGCUUAACCUGCCAAUCGACACUGUGAAUAAAAGCAUUCCGGACAUUAAAAAGUGUCUGGUUGCCACUUUGGGGUGGAAUGUAAUCAUCAUCAGUAUUUGGAGUGACAGCUCACUAAAAUCCUCCAGCUCUAUUAAGACAAGAACUGCUGGCAAAACCUACAUCAGUUUUGUGGCCUUAAGUCCCUCAGGCUCGGUUAUUGAUGCUGAGAAAGUCAAAAUGAAACUGAAAAUAAUGAAGGGAGAUCUGAUGUUGGGGAUGCAGGAGUCACUUGGAAUUACUGUGGAAAUUGUCUUAGUUGAGAAUCAGCAAAAUACCUCAAGUAGCAUCAGGUUUCUUGUUUUUCUUACCGUCCCUGCGUCACCCCUCCUGUUAUGUGCAGCAUGGUAAGUGUAACAAUAAUAUCCGAAUCAGACUAAGGCUUCAUUGGCCAAGUAUGUUAUUCCAUAUAUAAGGUAUUACACAGCAUCUCACAGUUACACUGUAAAUGACAAUAAACAUCCAUACAUGAGUUCUACCACACUUAUACAGUAACAUAGACAUCCAUACAUGAGUUCUACCACACUUACACAGUAACAUAGACAUCCAUACAUGAGUUCUACCACACUUAUACAGUAUCACAGACAUCCAUACAUGAGUUCUACCACACUUAUACAGUAACACAGACAUCCAUACCUGAGUUCUACCACACUUAUACAGUAACACAGACAUCCAUACAUGAGUUCUACCACACUUAUACAGUAACACAGACAUCCAUACCUGAGUUCUACCACACUUAUACAGUAAUACAGACAUCCAUACAUGAGUUCUACCACACUUUUACAGUAACAAGUUCUACCACAGAAUCAAACACCCAUACUAGCAGACACUCACACAAACAUACAUUAGACAAAGGGCAUAGAGGGAUUUUCCAGUUAUAGGUAGACUUUGCAGUUGACUUAUAGAGCACUUUAAGAGGUUAUAGAUAUUUCAUUGUCAGAUCUGUAAUGUAAGCUGAAAAAUAACAAACACUGCUAAAUUCACAGGAAUCUUUGCAGUUGCUGCAGUGACAAGAUCAGAGUGUUACCCUGAGCUACAAGCGGCCAACCAGUGGCUUUUGUUAUGGUUAAGCUUUAUCACCUCUC